AUGGCAAACAGAUUGUCGGAGGACGUCGACAAGCGCGUGCUGCUUCUCGAAGCUGGAGGCAGCGAGAGCAUCCUGACUGAUAUCCCCAUUGCGGCUGCCACGCUCCAGAUGACGCCCGUCGAUUGGGCCUACCAGACUGAACCGCAAGAGGCCGCCUGUUUCGGGCUGAUUAAUCGGCGAAGCAGGUGGCCGCGCGGCCGAGUUUUAGGCGGCUCGUCGGUCCUCAACUAUAUGCUUUAUGUGCGCGGCAACAAGCGCGACUACAACAGGUGGGCCGCCGUGGGCGCCGAAGGCUGGAGCUGGUCCGACGUGUUCCCAUAUUUCCUCAAAUCAGAAGACAACCGCGACGAGUCAGUGGUGGCGAACGGUAAGUAUUGA